CUAUAAGUUAAAAAGUUUCAUAAAGUUUCUCUCUUAAAAUUUCUCUCUCUCUAAAAAGAAAAAAAAAAAAAUCAACGGCCGACCGGUGCUGACGUGCCAGGAGAAGACACUUUCUCCUUUCCCUCGUCUAAUUACUAAAAAUCUCUUCUCUUAUUAGAUCUCACUCUCUCUUUUCUCGAUCUGUAAUUUUGUUUCAAUGGCUGCUCCACCUGCAAGAGCUCGUGCCGAUUAUGAUUACCUUAUAAAGCUUCUCUUGAUCGGCGAUAGCGGUGUGGGUAAGAGUUGCCUUCUCUUACGUUUCUCUGAUGGUUCCUUUACAACUAGUUUCAUUACAACCAUUGGCAUUGAUUUUAAGAUAAGAACAAUUGAACUUGAUGGGAAACGAAUCAAAUUGCAAAUUUGGGAUACUGCUGGUCAAGAGCGUUUUCGAACAAUUACAACUGCUUACUACCGUGGUGCUAUGGGCAUUUUGCUCGUGUAUGAUGUCACUGAUGAGUCAUCUUUUAAUAACAUUAGGAACUGGAUCCGUAAUAUUGAACAACAUGCUUCUGACAAUGUGAACAAGAUUCUGGUGGGUAACAAGGCAGACAUGGAUGAAAGCAAAAGGGCUGUUCCUACUUCAAAGGGCCAGGCUCUUGCAGAUGAAUAUGGCAUCAAGUUUUUUGAGACUAGUGCAAAGACGAAUUUAAAUGUGGAGGAGGUUUUCUUUUCUAUAGCUAGGGAUAUCAAGCAAAGGCUUGCAGAUACUGACUCUAGGGCUGAGCCGCAGACGAUCAAAAUUAACCAGCCAGACCAAGCAGGAAGUGCUAGCCAAGCUGCCCCAAAAUCAGCUUGCUGUGGUUCAUAAGAGGCCUCCUCGAAGACUGGGAUCUCAUGGCUACAUUCUGAAGCAUGUUCAUGGAAACUAAUUUUGUUACAACUGUGUGAUUGGUGCUUGUAUUGUUCUCCCUAUCAUUAUUUUUAACGACUCGUAUGCAUUUGUGUGUGAAUGCUAGAUCCUUCCUACUUUCAGAAAUUAAAUUAUAUCACUGUGUUUGGAUUCAUGAAUUUUAGAUUUCAAGUAACAUAGAAUUGGUUAUUAUUUUUA